CUUCGCACCUUUCAUCAGAGCAUGUCCUAUCAGGAAAGAGGUCCUAAAGCAGUGAACUCGUUUGAACGUUAUGGAAGAAAGAACGGCUUCAUAGUGUACCUACUGCGGUUCUUCAUUGUGUUAAACUGGGGCCGUUACCUUCACAUAACGAACAAUGAGUUUCUAGCCCUGGUCGCCAUGAUGUUUGGGAAACGGCAAGAGUCCCACUACCAGAGCAUGGCCAAAUGCCCAACUGUUCGAUGCGUGACCAUAGGAAAUUGGAUGCAGGACAUGUACAGCAUUGCCUACCUGAUACUGGGCAGUGUGGUACAUGUGAGACACGAGUUUUCACUUCCAUCAGAACUCUUCUAUAGAUCAGUAUGGACAGCAAUGAACAUGGUUGCACAGGAUGAUACUUUCAGACUGGCCGCCAGACAGGUGCCCGUGGAGAUGUUAUAUCAAACCCAGCAGGAGAUGAACGCUUUUAUAAAGGAGAAGAAGCACAUGAUUCGCCAUAUUGUGGAACAGUUCUUCCCUUUCGAAGAUUGACGCCAAUAGCCUACAUUUUGUUGAACAGUAUUGUAUUAUUUUCAAUGAACAACAUCAAUAUCAAUACGUCGCUCCCUCCAGUUAGCAAGAUUGGAGUUGUUUUACAAUUGAGACAAAGAUAAUGUACAAAAACACGUUUGUGUUGUAUAUGUGUUAUUUUGGAAACACUAAUUUUAUUUUCACAAUAAGGUCUGUUGGCGCACUUUUGCUAUUUUACUGUAGAGGUCGUCAUUGUAAGUAAUGCUGACCGCAAACGUACAGGGUAAUCAGAAAUUCAAAUCUAAACAAAGACAAUACGUAAUUUGCCCUAUCAUUUACACAAGUAUUUGUCUAAUCAAAAGCGUCAGUAAGUGAGUACGAAUAUAGACGUGCCUUUUUUGAUAGUUCCCCAGUAUAUUGCAAAGGGUGGGCUUUAGGGUACGCCUUUUGUCCUUCGUACGUCAUCUGUUCCUUCAAACACCAGCUCUCAAACUGUUUUCAGAUUUUGACAAAAAUUUUGACGACAAAGCAUUACCGUACAAAGCUUGUUUAAAUCACACAACUGGGGUCAAAAACUGGCUACGCUCCAGUCCGCACCUAACCUAUAGAGAUUUAAAGAGAAAUUUAAUUUAAAAAUCUGUUCUGAACCAGCAAGCAAUAGGGUUGUAAUUUUUGGUGUAAAAAAUCGUUUAAAUGCCACUUCUAGGUUUGUAAAGAUAAUGCUGGUCAGGUCGGAACGGGCCACGUCACAGGGCUCACAUGAUGUAUAAGUAUUCAUAUAAAACAAGAAAUAUCUUUGAAAAAAUAUACGGCGUUGAUGUUUUAAUGUUUGCGACCAGUGAACGGAGAUGGAAUGAAGCGACCAUGUAUUUUAAUAAAGGUAGUAAGUGAUAAUAAGAUAAUAUAUUUAACUGUAUAAACAAAUAAGAAAUAAAAAACAAAAAGAG